CAGCGCCUCCUCAGCUCGAGGAGCUGCUAGUGAUUCUGCUCCGUGCCAGAUCCUGCAGCUGUCUCUCUCCCCGCUGCUGGGGGAACUCGUGACCGACCCACGGCGGACUGUUUCCCCCUUCAAGUGUCAGCGCAAACCUGAAGGAUAUCGCAACUUUGAAACACAGUUUAGGGCUGAAUGGAGACACCUGACAGCUCGGAACGCCCCAUCCAGCGUGUUGACUGAAACCUUUGCAAGUGUGCAGCUACAGGAAUGUGGAAUACAAGUCUGUGUGAGCGGACCUGCCUCUGCCCCUGACACCAUGACCACAGACCUGAACCUGACCUCCCUGCUGAAUGUCUCAGACCUCCACAAUCACACCCGAGGAUGUUCCCUCACCAAGACCGGCUUCCAGUUCUACUACCUGCCCACUGUGUACAUCAUGGUCUUCAUCACGGGGCUGGUGGGCAACAGCCUGGCCAUCUGGAUGUUCGUGUGCCACAUGAGGCCGUGGAGCAGCAUCUCCGUCUACAUGUUCAACCUGGCGCUGGCUGACUUCUGCUACGUGCUCUCGCUGCCCUUCCUCAUCUUCUACUACUUCAACAAAACCGACUGGAUAUUCGGGGAUAUUCUGUGCCGCCUGCAGCGAUUUAUAUUCCAUGUGAAUCUUUACGGGAGUAUUCUGUUCCUGACCUGCAUCAGCGUCCACAGGUACACCGGGGUGGUGCACCCGCUCAAGUCUCUGGGCAGACUGAAGAAGAAGAACGCUGUUAUUACCAGCGCGUUAGUGUGGGUGGUGGUGGUUAUAGCCAUCUCCCCCAUCCUGUAUUACUCCAGGACCGGCUUAAAGCGUAAUGCCACCACUUGUUAUGACACCACCACGGAGGAUGAGCUGCCUGGUUAUUUCAUCUACAGCAUGACUUUGACUGUGUUUGGUUUCUGCAUCCCCUUCAUCAUCAUAUUCUGUUGCUACGGCAUGAUAGUCAAGUCGUUGAUCUAUAACGAUAUGAACAACGUGCCGCUGCGGCAGAAAUCCAUCCACCUGGUGAUCAUCGUGCUGGCGGUCUUCGCCGUGUCCUACCUGCCGUUCCACGUGAUGAAGAACCUGAACAUGCGGGCCCGGCUGUACUUCCAGAGCCCCGACAUGUGUGACUUCAACAACCGCGUCUACGCCACCUACCAGGUGACGCGGGGGCUGGCCAGCCUCAACAGCUGUGUGGAUCCUGUUCUUUACUUCCUGGCUGGAGAUACGUUCAGGAGGAAGCUUUCACGGGCCACUAAGAAGCCCUCCAGGAAGGGGGACAACGUCCUGCAGUCCAAGAGCGAGGAGACGGCUCUGAACAGCCUGGCGGAGUACGUGGAGAACGGGGACCGGAGGCUGUGACGGGGACCGGCACGCCUGUGGGUCUCUGUUAGCUUUAGAAACCAUGUUGGACUUUGUAACAAGUAAAUGCACUGUGUGGACUGAAGGCUGCUGGUUUAUAGAGCCGGAGGAGAAAGACUCAUUAACCCUGUGGUGACCAUCACCUGCCUGCAGCCUGUCAUGUUGAUAAGCUAUCGUACUGUAUCGUCCCGUUCUCUAAAUGUUAGAGCCAUCACUCUUCUUUCUAAUCGAGCAGUAGGUGUUGCUUACACUUCGGACAAAAUGAUCAUUAUGACCAGGCGAGCUGGGGGGAAAUAGGCUUCACUACAAGCUCUAGUGUGGCGUUCAUCAAUUUGUUGUGGAGGAAAUAGGAGUGAGAGUCCUCCAGCCACCAGCUGAUGCUUAAUCAAUAGCCAUUAAGCAGGUGAGAGCUGGUGGUUAAGGAAGUGUACCUGGGAUGGCUUUUAGAGGGAAAGUAAAUGCACUGAAGCUGAGACUGCUGCAUGGAUGCUGCCGUGCACACGUUAUAAUGCACUAUGACUGGAGACUCUGCUCAGAGUACCUAUCACUCCUCAUUUCUCCCUCCAUCUAUUACUGACUGGACCAGGAAUGUGGUCUCUAGUUUUUCAUUUUGACAGCUCUGAGGUGAAGGUCCACAGCGGCUCUGUUACCAGUUAUUCUCUCCUUGUUAACAUGUUCCUGACAGAAAAAGAGAAGAUAAUACUUACAGUAUUUUGUGUAUAUGAUACUCCAGUGAAUGUUGUUGAUGUGCGCUGUACAGGAUGUUGUGACGUUCCACAGUAGUUGGUGUUGUUUUGUUCACGUCAGUCUCACUAAUCCAGACGUUUCGGUGCAUGAGUAUCACACAGUGAAACGCUGACUAACUGCAGCAGGUUCUAACUAUCCUAAUGUUUAUUGCAGCGUAGAGAAAAAAUCACAUCUUUAAAUGAGCAGACACACUCGAUCACUGCUUGGUGACGACAUAUUGAAGACUUGUUUGUAUGAGAUACCUCAAAGUAAAUACUGCACUGUGUCCGUGUUUUGACAGAAAGUCAUUUCUCUUUUGCAUCUGUUGUAAUCACUCUGGAGAAAUGAUUGUGAGCUCUCAGUGUGUUUCACCUGAACUAUGUAGUGUUUGAUGUCUGUGCUAAUACCUUUGUAAAUCUGUAAUGUGGUCAGUUAUUGUCAAGAGGAUCUGAAUCACCUGUACAGGAUAUAUGGGGCCACGUGUAUCUUUGUCAAUAAAUUUUUAUAUUUAAAACAUG